UGAGAUAAUCACGCAUAUUUACUCCAGAACAAAAGUCAUCGCCAGCAAAAACUUGCAUUGCAUGGAUUAAAUUGGAAUUCGUUACUUAUUAAAUUUAUAGAAUGAUGAAGUCUUUGUGGCAGCUGAGAUAUGCCAUUUUUCUUUGUGGUACAUGUAUGUUUGCAAAUGCAAGACCAAAAGUUGCAUUCACGGCAACGUUGACAAGGGUUACUCACCUCGCCUACCAUCAAGCUGUUAAAUAUGAUAGAGUCCUGUCCAACAUAGGAAGAGCUUAUCAUCCCUGGACUGGACACUUCACUGUCCCAAUGGAUGGUGUCUACCUUAUUUCGUGCACUGCAAUGAGUGAAACUAAUAUGGCUGCAUAUGUACAGAUAAUAAAAAAUCGACAGGUUAUGUCAACAUUACAUUCUUCUGCUGGAACAUACCCUCAGAGUUCCCAAACGCUUGUUUUGAGAUUGAGGAAAAAUGACCGCGUGUGGGUUAGGGGAAUGUUUCACAAUCAAAUAUUGAACGACAAUAGUUCUUACAACGUUUUUACAGGGGUAUUACUGAAUUAAGAUGUCUUGUU